UUUCACUCUCUGUUGCAACUUGCUUCACGAAUCUGAGAAGAAGGUUUAAGGAAACGUUCGCAAUUUAUCUCAAUGCCAUUAGUUAAAAAACUAAGAUUACACUUAGAGUUUCACAUACAGCUUCUAGGCGAUACAAACUUAAGAUACUUACAUCCACCAUGUCAAAGGCAACCAAACGCAAGCAUGUAGUGAAUGAAGCUCUGGGGGAGUAUGUCACACCCACUGAAGACCAGCAAAUUAUGAGGGUCGUGGGUAGUAAUGGCAACAAUCUCCAUGAGGCUGCGACUGACAGUGGUGAGCAGUUCCUGCUCAGCAUGCCAACAAAGUUUCGCAAGAACCUCUGGAUCAAACGAGGAGACUUUGUCAUCGUUGAUCCCAUUAAAGAAGGAGGUAAAGUGAAGGGAGAAAUUAGUUUCAUACUUUACAGGGACAACAUCCAAUAUAUGAGGAAACUCGGUAUCUGGCCAAAAGGAUUCCAGGAAUCUGACACAUCUUCUGAGAAGAACAAAGGAACGCGGAAAAUUCCCAGUGAAGAAAAAACCGAGCUGGAAGUGCCUGACAGUGACUCUGAGAACGAUGACAGCGAUCUGUUUGUGAACACUAAUCGUGCCACUGUCCUCUACAGCGAGAGUGAGGACGAUGAUGAUGAUGAUGAGGAGUGUGAUGGGACCAAAGGAAAAAGUUUGUAGAUGGAGUGAAAAGAACAAAACUGCAAAAUACUUUAUCUUAUACUGGACGAUGAUUUACAAAGACCAAGAGCACCUUUUUUGUAACAGACCUUGAUUGAGCUUUAAUACCCGGACAAACCACACUGAUGCCUGAGACUGAACUGAAUUUCAGGGCUGUAAUUGUUUCAAAUGAUUCCUCUCCGAUGGCAUUCAGAAGCUAGUUAAGUGUUCUCAGAAGGAAUUAUUCUUAAUUAGUGUCCUUAUUUUCCUUCUGGUGAAAUGAAACGUUUUGUAUGUCAUUAUAUUUGUAAAUAGUGAAUUGCAAUAAAGUUUGGUUUGUAAGCUAUA